AUGUCCUUCCGCUCCCGACAAUUGGUCAACUACCUCCUUCCCGCUAUAUUCGCCUUCGCACUCUACUCCUUCCUCUCGCCGGCUGUCCCAUACCUCACUCGGAACGCGUCUUCCAUUAACAGACUCACAAUGUCUCUUUCAUCCAAGCUUUCCAUUACCGACGUCCAGCUCAAGGGCGAGAAGGUGCUCAUCCGGGUGGACUUCAAUGUUCCCCAGGACAAGCAGCAGAACAUCACCAACCCUGCUCGUAUCGUCGCUGCCCUCCCGACCAUCAAGUACGCGAUUGACAAUGGCGCCAAGUCUGUCAUUCUCAUGUCCCAUUUGGGUCGCCCAGACGGAUCUCCCAACCCCAAGUACUCGCUCAAGCCCGUCGCGGCCAAGCUUUCCGAGCUCCUCUCCAGGGACGUCAAGUUCCUGGAUGACUGUGUCGGGGAGGACGUGAAGAAGGCCGUCAGCGAGGGCAAGGACGGACAGGUCUUCCUCCUUGAGAACCUUCGGUUCCACGUCGAGGAGGAGGGCAAGGGCGUCAAGGACGGCGAGAAGAUCAAAGCCGACAAGGAGGCCGUCAAGAAGUUCCGCGAGGACCUCACCUCCCUCGGUACGGUGUACAUCAACGAUGCCUUCGGUACCGCCCACCGCGCCCACUCUUCCAUGGUCGGCAUUCAGCUGCCCCAGCGCGCCGCCGGGUUCUUGAUGAAGAAGGAGCUCGAGUACUUUGCCAAGGUCCUCGAGAGCCCCGAGAGGCCCUUCUUGGCCAUUCUUGGUGGUGCCAAGGUUGCCGACAAGAUCCAGUUGAUCGAGAACAUGCUGGACCAGGUCAACACCCUGAUCAUCUGCGGUGGUAUGAGCUUCACCUUCAAGAAGACCCUCGAGAACGUUGAGAUUGGCCAGUCCCUCUUUGACGAGGAUGGUUCCAAGAAGGUCAAGGAUCUCGUCGAGAAGGCCAAGAAGAACAACGUCAAGCUCGUCUUCCCCGUCGACUACGUCACGGCCGACAAAUUUGACAAGGACGCCAAGGUUGGCGCCGCGACCGACGAAUCAGGUAUCGAAUCCGGCCUGAUGGGUCUCGACGCCGGACCCAAGUCGCAGAAGCUCUUCGCCGAGGCCGUCGCCCAGUCCAAGACUAUCCUGUGGAACGGUCCCGCCGGUGUAUUCGAGUUCCCGGCGUUCGCCAAGGGCUCCGACGCGCUCCUCGAGGCGUGCAUCAAGGCUGCCAAGGGCGGGGCGACCGUCAUUGUCGGUGGUGGUGACACUGCGACGCUCGUGGCCAACGCGGGCAAGGAGGAUGAGCUCAGCCAUGUCUCGACCGGCGGUGGUGCCAGUUUGGAAUUGCUCGAGGGCAAGACCCUCCCGGGUGUCGCUGAGCUCUCGGAGAAGAAGUAG